GUCGUCAAAGCGCUCGUUGACAUGGGGUCCGACAGGGAGGCGAGGGCUUUCGCCGAUUUUACACCACUACUUACGGCCACCUGGGAAGGGCACGAGGUCGUCGUGAAGCUACUACUCGACAUGGGAAUUAAUAAGGAGGCGCAGGCUAGCGGCGAUCGGAGGCCGCUACAUAUGGCCUCCGAGAAAGGGUACGAGGUCGUCGUGAAGCUACUACUCGAUAUGGGGGCCGAUAUAACGGCAGGAAAUUCCUCUGGUCAGACAUCACUACACUAUGCUGCCGGAGGAGGGCACAAGGCAAUAGUUAAGCUGCUCGUUGACAUGGGGGCCGACAAAGAGGCGAAA